AUGUUGGGGAGUACACAGAGAGGUUUCAACUCAAGAUAUCGCUGCACAUUCCAUGAGGAACGAGGGCACCAAACGGAGGAUUGCUUGCCGCUCAAACAACAUUUGGACGAGCUGGUGGCGGUGGGACAUCUGGACCAAUACAUUGAUGGGGGCAUGAAAGCCGUUCCACUAGGACAGACCGAACCAAACGGCCUAGUCGCCCUAGACGCAGCGCCACAAGGUGUAAUCAAUGUCAUCCAUGGCAUCAUCGAACCGGCAAGGGUUUGCGAGUUGAGAGGGCUGAUCAAGAAAGCCGAGCACAUGAGGGAGGUGCUCUCCGUUCAGCCCGCUGUGAAGAAAGGAAAGACCGAAGAAAAAGAUAUCCUUACCUUUUCAAGCAAGGACUUGGAGAGAAUUCAAAUGCCCCACAAUGACACCCUACUAGUGACUCUUCGCGUCAAAGACUUCGACAUCAAAAGAAUUUUGAUUGACCAGGGGAGUUCAGUUGAAAUCAUGUAUUAUGACGCAUUCAAACAAAUGAGGUUAGAGGACAAGGACUUAGCCCCUGCAACGUCUCCUUUGAUUGGCUUCAACUCUCAACAAGAAUGGCCAAUAGGGAAGAUCAUAUUGCCGGUCAAAGCAGGUUCGGUCAUGAAACAAGUAGAGUUCUGGGUGCUUAAGGUCCCAUCCACCUACAACUUAAUCUUGGGCAGGGGCUAG